CUUCAAAGGGACCGGUACUUCGGCGUAGGCCCCGCCCCCUUCUCUAGCACGCAGUGACCUUGGCGCGCAGCACGCUCUCCGCCACUCCGUGAGUCCGCCGCCGAGUCUCCAUCCGCCGCUCCAGCUCCAGCUCCAUCGCCCCUGAACUCAGCGCGGACAGCGUCCAUCAACAACGCCACACCGACAGCGCGCUGUCUCCGGGUUGGUCCCGCUGCCGUCGUCCGAUAUGGAAGCGGCCGCCUCAUCCACCUCCAGCCGGUGCAGAUACAGUUAUGAAGAGUAUAAGGAGACUGCAGACUGGCUGUUGGCCCAGACGGAGCAGCGUCCUAAAGUCGCCAUCAUCUGCGGCUCAGGCCUGGGCGGGCUGGCCGACCAGCUGCUUGACAAGACGGUGGUCAAGUAUGACAAAAUCCCACACUUCCCCACCAGCACUGUGCCGGGCCAUGCCGGGCAGCUGGUGUUCGGGACGCUGCAGGGCCGCGAGUGUGUCUGCAUGCAAGGCCGAUUCCACGUCUACGAGGGCUACGACGUAAACACGGUGACGUACCCGCUGCGAGUCUUCUCCCUGCUGGGCGUGGAAACCGUGAUCGUGACGAACGCAGCGGGGGGGCUCAACGGCAGCUACGCCGUGGGCGACAUCAUGAUCAUUAAGGACCACAUCAACAUGCCGGGCUUCGCGGGGACGAACCCGCUCUGCGGCCACAAUGACGACAGGUUCGGGGUGCGCUUCCCGUGCAUGUCGGACGCGUACGACCGCGAGCUGAGGGCUCUGGUCAAGCAGGUGGCCGAGGAGCAGGGCUGCGGCGGCUUCCUGCAGGAAGGGGUUUACUGCAUGGUGGCUGGACCGUCAUACGAGACCAUCGCAGAGUGCAAACUCCUGCAGACGCUGGGGGCUGACGCCGUGGGUAUGAGCACGGUGCCGGAGGUGUUGGUGGCUCGUCACUGUGGCCUGCGUGUGCUGGGUCUGUCCCUCGUCACCAACAAGGUGGUGGUGGACUACGACAGCGGCGAGAAGGCCAACCACGAGGAGGUUCUGAAGACCACCCAGCGCAGAACCGAGGACCUCCAGAGGCUCAUCAGCAACCUCGUCUCCAAGAUCUAGUCCCUUCAUCUGAAAACUGCAGACAGAAAACAUAUCCAACCUUAUAAUGGAGUCGUUGGCGUGGAGCUUUUAACAAAGGGUAAAAAAAACGAAGAGGUGCAAAUGGUGAACUGGUCGGGUGUCUCCUAAAUCUGUAGGUGAAAAAUGUGUUGGGACGAUAUUGACAUGGUAGUUAUGAUCCCUGACAUCCUGUUCUUGUAGAUGGAGACUCAGCAACAGUUGUUUUGUUUUAUUUUGCUGGUCUCCAGAUACUUAUCCAUAAUUAAGGCCCGUAGGAUGAUACACUCCAUUAUUUAGCAUUACAUUUGUUAUAUGGGUACAUGCUGUAUGUCUUAUUUGCCUUUAGCCAAGUAUUCCACUUCCACCUAUGUAAGCAUCGCUGAAGGCUUAAAGUGUCUGCCCCAUGUGCACCGUGACAUGUGGGUGCCUGGAUAGAGAACAAAAACAACCUGUUAGCUUGAAUCCUCGUAACAAUGGUUGCGAAUUAGAAAGACAAUAAUUGAGUAAUUAUUGUGAUCAAACAGGAUCAUUGGGACCAGCUGCAAACCUGCUGCUUGUUAUUAACAAUGUAUAAUAUAUAUAUAUAUAUAUAUAUAUAUAUAUAUAUAAUAUUUUAUUAAUUUAGCUAUAAAUUAUAGCGAGUAUUUUCACAGAUCAAAUCAGAGUUGCUUCUUUUGGAAGAAGAUAACUCACGUAUUUUAAAUAUGUAAUGCAUUUAUAUUCAUAGUGUUGACAUGGCAUGGCAAUGCCAAUCUUUAAAGGAUCUCAAUUUUUUAAAAAGGCAAUGGAGUUUUAGCUGAAAAGCACGGCGGCUCUGGUCGAGCAUUCGUGGUGUAUGAAGGUUGUACUGGGCGGAUUGCAUUGGGAUCCCUUUUAUUUGAACAACACCACAGCAGUGUAAUAUCAGGGAGGGCUGUACUACCUGAAUACCUGCGCCUGCAGUGUUCAAUCUUCUCCUCCACGAUCCGGAACCUCCUGCCAGGUCCCCUCGGCCGACUCAUUCAUUAGAGCUGCAGCGGCCAGGAGAAAUCCUCCAGUCGUAAAGGGGAAUUCCAGCCAGAGUGAAUGUAAACUCAGGAAUGUAAAAUCAGAAUUGCUCCAUAUACACAAUAAACAUGAUCUUGUUAUUUGCACACAAUGUUAUUCUUUUUAAGAUGCACUUUCCACGCUCACUAUUUCCCUGCAUGGGCACAACUCCACGUUGCAUUUUAUUUCCUUGUGAGUUGUUUGUGAUGUCUUCCAGACACUAGACUAAAUGUCAUUUGUGAAUCAUAUUUACUGUAUAGGUCUCAGGUUAGACUCUAAUUCACUAGUAACAAACAAUAAACAUAUGACUAUAUAUAUUUUUUAAAGCUUUAUUUUAAUACCUAAUGUUACUGCUGUCAAAUAAAAACGUGCAGAUAUCA